AUGAAUGAAAAUGAUGAAAUGGUGGACGUGCGAAGAGACACAGCAAUAAAUUUCAUUACCAUUUCUGACAUAAAUAAUGAGCCUAAAAAAUCGACACCAAUGACACCGAUACUUGCUGUCAAUUUAGCAGCGUUUUUAGCGAGGAUUUGCGUGGUAGCGUCUUUUAAUUUGACGUCACCUUUCAACGUGCCUCAUUAUAGUUGUUUAUUGGGUCGUAAAAUAUUUAUUUCUAUAAUGAACAUUUUAAUGAUCAAUUAA